AUGGCGGUCAUGGCCCCUGUUUUGUGGGCUCUACCAUGUCCGCGGUUGAUUCUCAGCGCCGCGAACCUGUCUCGGCCCUUUGUCGAGGGUUCGAUUGAGACAUGUAAGAGCGUUGGAGUACAGGGCCUUGAGAAGCUCACGCCGGACCAGAUCCGUGCUCGCUUCUCUGUCGUCACGGGCAAGCUAGAUGGGUGGAAUAUCAAUGUGUGGAACCCAACAGCCGGCUGGGCAGCUGCUGGUACAGCUAUCGAGCGGAUGGCAGGGCGCUGCUCAGCAGAAGGGGGUGAAAUACAUUUCGGGGAAGACGAAGGGGAAUGUGCAGCGAGUGCAAGGGAGUCGUCACAGCGGAUGGCACGAGACACGAGGCGGAUGUGGUCAUUUUGGCCGCGGGAGCUUGGACACCUUCACUACUAG